AUGACCCUCCUACACUUGGCUGCAGUCCUGUUAUUCAUUCCGUCUGUUUGCGCCUCACUCAAUUGUACCAGUUACCUUACACUCAACGUCAGCAACUCUCCGAGUCCACCCAGCAGCGACACCAGAUCCUUAUGGGACAUCAUCUGGAGCUGCGCUGCAACUAUUUUCGCAUGCACUUGGACUGCGAUUCAUCCUAAUAUUCCGGGUAUGGACGAGAAGAAAGCUGCCGUUAUCUCUCGUCGUCUAUUCUCUAUGGUCGUAGCAUUGAUCGCCCCAGAACUCGUGAUCACCUGGGCCGCGCAGCAGUUUUUCAGUGCUCGUAGAGUUGCAACUGAGUUCAACUAUCCCAUUCGUUUGAAACAUGAAUUCGCGUUUCUUCAUACAAUUCAAGAAUCAAAUGAAAGACACAAUCGAACCUCAAGCGCUCCUGGACCCGAGUUUACAGAAUGGACAGUGACGCAUGGAUUUUUCGCGUGUAUGGGCGGAUUUAUGCUCUAUGUCGAUGACAAACCGCGAGCCACUCUUACGCCCCGCGAGCUUCAGCACUUUAUUAGUGAUGGAUCCGUGGACAUGCCUGUCAUCACAGAGGCAGAUAUAGAAGAUCGAAGUAAGGGCGAUGUACUAUCCAAAGGUGUCGCUAUUCUUCAGCUGGUGGGGUUCGUCCUCCAGCUUGUCGCCCGUUACGUCCAGAAACUUCCCAUCACGCUGCUUGAAAUCGACACCCUGGCUGUAGCUGCUGCGACCUGCAUUGCCUAUGGCUUGUGGUGGAAGAAGCCUAAGGAUGUAGGACGUCCAUAUGUCGUCCAUUGGAAAGCAACAACAUCGCCAGGUCCCCUAUUUUACGAGUAUGUUGUCAAUAGUCUUGCCUGGAAUGGCUCUGAUUCGUCUGCGUUCUAG